AUGUCAAGCGUCAAAGAGGAGUCAAAGCCGGUUGUCAGCAAAGCCGGCAAGAAGAGAGUACAUCGGCGACAACGAGCGAAAGAACAAGGAACGGCGGACAGCGAUAGAAGCAACGAUGAAGAUGAGUCUGCGCGAGAGACUGCUGCCGGAAAGAAGCGACGUCAAAAUCCAAUGUUACAAACGUAUAUCACCAAAAAUCGCCACUCUGAGGAUGCUGUGAAAACUUUAAAGAAUAUUCGUCCGAUCUAUCUUGGCCGCAACAAAGCUUGCGAAUGCAAGGGUGCAAUUAAUUGCUGUGCCUCGGCGCUGAGUUCCCGAGAUUCCAUG